AUGAACAGUGUCCGAUCGGGAUCCUCGAACCUCUGCAUAAAUGACACUCUCAUUGACGACGAGCUUCUUUCGAUCCUGGCAAUGGUUUCACAUGCUUGCUCGAAUUGGACCUUGCCCAGUCCGUUUCGCGGUCGUUCUAUCCCGACGUCACCGAUUCCGACCUUGAUGUCAUUGCCAAUGAUCAAGGAGAAGGACACUGCAUGGUUUGUCAAGUUCUGCGUUCCCUGGUGCAAGUAUUGUAAGAACUUGGGGACGUUGUGGGAUGAUUUAGGAAAAGCAAUUGAAGAAACUGAUGAAAUAGAGAUUGAAAAAGUGGAUUGCGGUGAUCAUCAAAGGAGCUUUGUGGCAUAUGCUUAUAAUGUAGUGUCGCAUUUAAUUGAGUAUCAACGCUGUCAAGACACAAGUUCAAGGAAUGUUGAUUCAUUGAAGAACUUUGUUUUGGAAGAAGCUGAUAAGGCAACAACAAAUGCACAAGCACAACAACUAGAUAGUGAUAGAGAAUUAUAA